AUGGCGAAAAAAAUGUUCACCGUCCUUGAAAACAAUCCAGAGGUCAUGAAUUACCUGGCUCAAAACCUUGGUCUCAAUACGAAUGCGCUCUCUUUCUACGAUGUCUACUCACUAACUGACCCCGACAUGUUGGCCUUCAUUCCGCGACCUGCCAUAGCACUACUCGUCAUCAUACCUCUGACGCCUACGUGGGAUGAGGCGCGAACGGUAGAAGACAAAGACAAGUCUGAGUAUGAGGGCAAGGGUGACGCAGAACCCGUCAUAUGGUUCAAGCAGACCAUUGGAAACGCGUGUGGUAGCAUAGGUUUGGUGCACUGUCUACUCAACAGCGAAGCUGCACAGCACAUCCAACCAUCCUCAACGCUCGACAAGAUUCGCAACGAUGCGCUACCAAAACCCAUCUGGGAGCGAGCCAAGGUGCUUGAAGACUCCGACGCGUUUGAGAAGGCUCACGCAGACGCAGCGAAGCUUGGAGAUACAGAAGCACCUGUAGCAAUAGAGGAAUAUCAUCUUGGCCAGCACUUCGUGGCGUUUGUCAAAGCAAAAGACGGCCACUUGUGGGAACUUGAAGGUGGUCGCAUGGGUCCGCUUGAUCGAGGUGUGUUGAAAGAGGACGAGGAUGUGCUUAGUCCUGCCGCGUUGGAAAAGGGUAUUGGGCGUUUGAUGAGAAUUGAGUCUGAGAGAGGUGGCGACCUAAGGUUCUCUGCAAUCGCGUUUCUAUCUUAG